UGCUGCUGCGGUGGAAAAGGACCUUAAAAGCUUUCGUCUCGUCUGUCAGCGCGUCGCUAUGAGAACGGGAAGCCAUGUCUGAGUAGGACGGUGCUUUUGUAAUUGUCAUUACAAAACCGACGGCGCCUUUCCUGGGGAGAGUUUUCGUCUCGUUAGCGGCGGAGAGGAGAACCUCACCGGGGGAGCAUGGCUUCUCACAGCAACCAGUACAUCUUUGGGGAGUUCAGCCCUGAUGAGAUCAAUCAGUUCUUUGUGACUCCACGCUCCUAUGUUGAGCUUCCUCCGUUCAAUGACAAAGUCUCCUGCGUCAGCCAGUCUUCAGGAAGUUACUGCACUCCUGCUGUACCUUACAUUAUGGAGUCAAUGAGACGGCAGGUUUGUGCAGAAGACUACCAGCACAUUGAGUUUGGUGUGGGCGAGGUGAUGGACUCUGAGCCUAUUGGAGUGAAGGACUCUCUCUACAAAGUGUCCAGCACCCUCAACCCCCAAGCUCCUGAGUUCAUCUUGGGCUGCCAGCCGGCCCAAAAGACCCAGCAGACGGCUCCUCCGGCACCUGAUGUUCCUGACGGAGGCCACUUCAAUUCCCUGGGUUGCCCCAACUCUGAGACUUCUGCUGUUGACAAUCACCAGGCCUGUCAGGACAUGGACGGGGCUCCUGGCAGUGCAGGACAGCGGGAGAGGAAGAAAAAGAAAAAGCGACCGCCGGGAUACUACAAUUACCUGGAAGGGUCAGCUGGCGGCGGUGGUGGACCCGUUGUAGAUGGGAUGCCUGUGGCAGGGCUAGUGAACGGACAUGCAGUUGGUGCCCCUCACCACGGCACCGAGGAUGUGGUUGGCAAGGCAUUGUCGACAUCUGAACUUUCCACCCCUGCUCCCAUCUCCAUGGCAACAUCAAUGGCUACAGUUGUGGCAGCCACUUUUACUUCCACAUCAGCUGUCAAUCAGAGGACUUGCGUUAGCCCUGAUGACUCCUCUUUGGACCUUGUGAGCGUAGCUGCCUCUAUAUCAGAUGGCAACAAUGCAACUUCCUCUUCCUCAUCCUCCUCUCAAAGCAGUGGGAUGACAGAGGGGCCCAGGACUGUAGAUCAGCAGCCAGAACAUUUGGCUCGACAGAGCCCCGAACUUCUGGGUAGCGGUGCGCACAGCCCCUGCUCCAAAUCCCCUCUUCCUCCCCCAGCUGCUGUGGCCAGCCCCCCUGCCACCACUGCUACUACUGAACAGGAGUCAGAGGAGGAGGGGGACAGUGAAGUGGCCAAUGGGCUAGCAGAGCCCGAUGCUGCUGUCAGUGCAGAUGGACACAAAGAGGACUGUGAAGCCGGGGAUCAGGCUCAGCAGGUCCCUGCAGACUCUUUGGCCCAGUCAGUAGUUGUAGAGCAGGCUAACACAUCUGCACUUCCAGCUGCACCUACUGCCAACCUCCCCAAAUCCUGGGCAAGUCUUUUCCAUAACUCCAAGCCUCUGCCUGGGGGCCCACAGGCCUUUGUGGAGGUAAAAAAUGUUGUAGAAGUUGUGCCCCCCUCUCCCACUCUGCCAGAGCAGUCUGAGAAAGCUGGGGAGGUAAAAGAAAGCCCUGUCCAUGUAUCAGAGGAUCCUAUGGCCCCUAAACUGGCAGAACUUAUUGAGAAUGUGAAGUUGAUACACAAACCAGUGUCUUUACAACCAAGGGGACUGAUCAACAAGGGAAACUGGUGUUAUAUCAACGCUACCCUGCAAGCCCUGAUUGCGUGCCCCCCAAUGUAUCACCUGAUGAAAUCCAUUCCUCUGCUUACUGAAUCUCAGAGACCAUCCACCUCCACACCCAUGAUAGACAACUUUGUAAGGCUUGUGAAUGAGUUCAACAACAUGCCUGUGCCAUCAAAAGCCAAACAGCAAGCUGUCGGCGAUAAGAUAAUGAAAGACAUUCGACCAGGUGUACCAUUUGAGCCAACUUACAUCUAUAGACUCCUUACCCUCAUCAAGUCCAGUCUCUCUGAGAAGGGUCGACAAGAGGACGCAGAGGAGUACCUUGGCUUCACUCUGAACGGACUGCACGAGGAGAUGCUAGCUUUGAAAAAACUAAUCUCGCCUCAGGAAGAGAAAGCUCCCACUCCCAACGGUCCAGAAUCCCAGCCAGGUCUGGAAGAAGACGCUGCUGAUAAGGAGGAAGAGGGCAGUGAGGAUGAGUGGGAGCAAGUCGGUCCCCGAAACAAGACGUCCAUCACUCGCCAGGCUGACUUCAUCCGCACACCCAUUACUGACAUAUUCGGAGGGCACAUCAGAUCGGUGGUGUAUCAACAAAACUCGAAGGAGUCGGCCACUCUGCAGCCCUUCUUCACCCUCCAGCUGGACAUCCAGUCAGAGAAGAUCCGCACUGUCCAGGACGCCCUGGAAACACUGGUGGCACGCGAGUCAGUCCAGGGCUACACCUCUAAAACCAAGCAAGAGAUUGAGAUCAGUCGAAGAGUGACCCUGGAAGAACUGCCACCAGUGCUGGUGCUCCAUCUCAAGAGAUUUGUGUUCGAAAAGACGGGAGGCUGCCAGAAACUGGUCAAGAUCAUUGAUUACCCUGUUGACCUGGAAAUUAGCAAAGAUCUCUUGUCUACUGGAGUGCGGAGCAAAGUUGUGAAAGGCCAAAGAACCUACCGGCUCUUCGCAGUUGUCUAUCACCAUGGGAACAGCGCGACAGGCGGCCAUUACACUACAGAUGUCUUCCACAUUGGUCUAAACGGCUGGCUGCGCAUCGACGACCAGACGGUGAAGGUCAUCAACCAGUACCAGGUGGUUAAGCAGACCACAGAGCGCACCGCCUACCUGCUGUACUACCGCCGUGUGGACCUGCUGUAGACGCCAUACACACACAAACGCACACACACACACACGCACACACACACACACACACACUUUUACAUGCUCCCAAUGCACUCACCGACGAUACACUCACACAAAUGACAAACACGCAAGCACGCACCAAACUAAUGAACAGGAACACUGCCCAACUUCUUGCAAGAUCUCCCCCUCAACCUCUCGUCCCUGCUUUCCAUAGAAGCAGCUUCUCCAUCACCUUGGAAGAAGAGAAAUGAGCUGUGUUCUGGAAGAUUCCCUGUGACUGCUUUCUCUUCUCUGUGCACCACUGCUGUUUUUCUUUCCUUUUCUUUUUCUUUUUUUUUUUUUCUUUUUUUUUUUUUUUAAUGCUGCAAGGAGGGACUGUUAAUGGACCGGGGGGCCGGGUUACAGGUCAGGACCUGAACUCACCCCUGAGCCCACAGCUUAGCUCAAAAUGGGGAACAGUGGAUUCACACACGGCAAGAACUAUCUCCCGCCACACCAGGCUGCAGUUGGACUGCUGGGGUUUUUCAUCUUGUUUUGAUGACCUUCCUUUUCUUUCUUUCUCUUUUUUUUUUUCUUUUUCUAAUGAAAUGGGAUAGAAGUACAGUGUUUUCGCCUUUUGGCAAGGAGAACUGUCGGCCUAAUGAAAUUACAGCAGUUUCAAAGCCUGUUGGAAUUUUCCCUCGUGCGUUGAAAAGGCCCAGCACCAGCAAACUCCACAGCGUUCUGAGUGUCUGUACUCCCAAGGCGAUGUUCUCUUCGCUUCUGUUACCUCCUCUUCCUCCUCCUCCUCCUCCUCCAUUUCCUCACUUUUCUGAUGCUUUUAAAUCUAGGUGAUAUUUGAGCCAUUUAAAAAUAAAAGAAGAAAAAAAAGGAAAAAAAAAAGACGGGAGGUGCCACGUUGUAUUGAAACUCAGCAGCUUCCUUGUUUUGAGAGAUCCUUGUGUGGUUUCUUGGCAUAGAAUUAGAACAACUAAAACUUUUAACGCGCGUUAGAAUUUAACUGAUAUUAAGACUCGUAAGCUUCUGUGCACAUACAGUAUAACCGAUCGAUUAAAAGACAUGGACGUACAAACGCACACCUUUUGCAAAAUAUUUACGGACAAAAAUAUUAAAAGAAAAAAGAUGUGUAGGAAUCCAAGUGAGCUCUCGCUUGGGUCCUGGAGGGUCGUGCUGGUUUUUGUGCUGUGGUGACUUGCUGAGAGAUGGCCACCGACGAAGACCGAUUCCAUCACAACACACUGCCCGUUCACUCUCCACACUUCCUGUUCCUCCCAUGUGCUCCUUUUUCCUCCUCUGUGUGUUAGUUUAAGGGGUCCGCCCGUGCACUGGCAUCGAUGUCGUUAGGAGCCGAGGUGUCCGUCGAGCCCUGCUCAGCAGAACCAGGACGCUGCCUUCGGUCCGCCACGUGACGCGUCUCCCCUCACCGUGCGACGGCGUGCUGUCAGGGCUGUAAGUCUGUUUUCUGGGCCGUGUCCAGGAGCGGCCCUGCCGUCUCACCUCCUAUCUGUGGCUCAAAGCGCUUCCUCCCAGACUAUACCCGUCUGUCGGGAGGAAGAGGGAUUGUGUAUUUGCUUGGCUCUGAAUAACUCGUUCAAAAUGCGCACAAAAAAAAAAAAUCGCACAAAAAAAAAAAAAAGAAUCCUGUUCCCUUUCUGUUCGCAACUUGAGUUUUGCAUCCUUCAUAUAUUGUACGGCUUUUUGAGUUACCGUUUGUUUUCUUUGUCAUCAUGUUGUGGAUGUUCCCAUGCACCUCCUUCCUCCGUAUACUUAACAUGAAUUGGAGUUUGAAAUAAAUUACCCAGGCUAAAGCACAACAAUGAAUAAAAUUGAACAAGUUCUUCGCUUGAUAUUUACUACUUUUUUUUCUUUCUUUUUUUUUGGUCAUUUUCUCUUUUUGGUUUCUUCUUUGUUAAUUUGAGACGUUUCACUGCAACCUGCGUCAGUCGCCCAGUAUUAACUCGGUGUGGUUCAUCACAGUUUAGACCACGUCUUUUCAAAACGGGACGGUUUUCCAAAGAAAAUCUUUGUCUCUUUUGGCUUGCUGUCUGUUUCUUGCUGACUGGAUGUUCCUCUCUCACACAGUUGAGCAGUAAAAUGAAAACAAGGUUAACGCGUCUGGGAACGGGUCCUGAAUGGAGGUGGCUGUCCCGCUCUUUCCAUGGUGCCAUGAAAGAGACUCUUCCUGUAUGUGACUAGCAGUUUCAGAUACAGGUGGAAACACUGAUUCUAGUCCCUUCUUAGUCCUAUAAUUUAUUCAUGAAGUCUAGAGACACUUAUUCACGCACAGUAUCAUGUCAAGUUGAAAAUCUUAAAAUUCAAACUUCUAAAGGAAUCCCAUCGUCUCUUAAUAAUUGUUCCCAAAUUUCCCAUUUUAUGGGGUUUUUUAUUUAGGGUUUUUUUCCUUUGCUCUGCCACAUUUCUUAAAUGGAUGCAGAUUUUGCUUUUUGGUAGUUCUUCUGAUGAGGUGUGGGAAGUGGGAACUUUUCCCAGGUAAACCAAAGGACGGUCAUCUCGAUCCUGCUGCCUUUCGUUCAGCUGACACACUUUCUGUUGCCACGACUUGCCACACAGUUUGCACGAUCCGUUGCCGACAGGAAACUGGUGUUUAGACAACUUGUCCUUUGAAAUUCACUGUCGGUUCAGUUGUGCAAACCGCUUUGUAGUCAACUCCUAUUGCACUCAUGGUGACGUCUGACUUCAAUAUUUUGAUUUUAAUAAGAUUGUUAAGGAGUUGGAGCUUUUGGGAUGGACGCUCAGAAGCAAUCUGAUGGCUUUUGUGUUUUUCUCGUUUUUAGCAAGAGUCUUUUUGUCAUGGCUGGCGAGGAAACGUGCCGGCGAAAAGCUUCAAUGAUGUCGUUCUGUUCAGUUUGUGCUCCUAACACUGUUGUUUGCUGGGAUUUGUUGGGAUAUUGACCUGGAAACAAAAUCUAUACUGUCUUUUAAUCUGACGCCUCCAGCACUCUUAUUUUGUUUAUUGUUUAAAUAAAAGAUUGUGCAAAAUGCA